GGGUGCGGAUGGUUAUCUGUGGCUCAAUGCAUUCUACAUGCAUCUGCGCAAUUUUCGGGCACCUGGAAUGAGACCACGAAUUACAAUGAACAAAGACGUCAGACUCAGUGCAUAGUGCAUCUUUUAAGAAAGGCCUGUCGUGAGUGGUUGAGGGUGCAGAUCCUGAUGAGGUGUCGGCUGUCAGUUUGUCACGGAAUUCACGGGUCAAGUUAUUUACUACUGCCUUAAAGUCGCAUUGAGAGAUUAAUUUCAGCGCCAACACCGGGAAAGACGCUUGAUUUCGGCCUCGUGUGCCACGUAAACCGAGGCAAGGGGAAACACCAAAUGUCCCCACACACUGGAAGCUAAAUAUAGCCAGGCUAUGACGCGCUGACCAAACCCAUCUACUUUAAGACUCACUUGUUAUGACAGUAGUGACAGUAUGAAUGUAGUGUCCUAUUUAUGACACGACAACGAAGGAUCGGUCGCGUCGCGUUAUCAAAAUAAUUUCAAACCCAGUCAACUUGAGACGCUGACACACAAACUUAGAAUAUACUGCAUGCACGGUUAGUCGCAGACAAAGGAGAAAAACACUGAGCAGUUGUCGUCAAGUAAUCAUACAUAACUUCGUGUAGCGUCUUCCUGGAGAGAAUUUCAGUAAAAUCGAGGCACCAGGAGAAGAAUAUCGGUAUAAACACAACGUCAACCAUGCCGGAGUCGAAAUCGCUGACGACUUUGGACCGGCGACAACGAAUACUGCUAGCCGCAGUUUGUGGAUUGGUGUUUGCUGAGAGUUUAGUGCUGACUAUUGUGGCGCCCCUCCUGCCUAUCACUGCCAGAGAGAAAGGGGUGUCAAAUUUUGAGGUGGGGAUAUUAUUUGGAGUAGCAUGGCUGGCUUCCGCUUUGUCUGGAAUAGUCCAUGGAAAACUGCUAUCCCGGAUAACACCUAAAUCGAUGUCGAUUGCGGGAUGUGUCGUUACAGCGCUGGCAGCCGUUGGAAUAGGGCUGGCAGGGGAGUUUUCACGUGGCCGCGUGGAAUUCCUACCCUCUCUCCUCGUCCUGAGGAUAAUCCAAGGUAGCGGUUUCUCCGCCAUAGCUGUGGCUGUGCAGGCCAUCCUGUCUGCUGAGAUGCCGGAGCAUGGUCUUGGGGUGCAGGCCGCAUACCAGGGUAGCGUGGCCCUGGGGUUUACACUGUCUCCACCCAUAGCUGGAGGGCUGUACGCUGCUAAUGGUUUCUGGUUGCCGUUCAUUGUGAUGUCUGUGAUACUUGUCAUUAUCCUUGUCAUUGCUGUGAUUCCUUUACGACAUUUAAAAGGUCAAGUUGUGCAGCACAAGUCUGGGCAGUACUUUCCUCUUCUUCUGCAGCCGAGAGCCCUAUUAACAGUUGCACAUUCGUUGGUCAUCGCUGCCGUGUUCAGGUUCUUCGAAGGUUUUAUUCCAGUGCAUAUGCAUGAACAGUUUGGUUGGGGCCCGGCAGAAGUAGCCUGGUUAUUUACUGUCUGCGCUGUAGUUUUCCUCAUCUUUUUGCCCAUUUGGGUAAAACUGAAUUCAGCUUUAAUGGGCAAUGUUGCAGUGAUGAGCUGGUGUAUGUACAUGUCUGGAUUUUCACUCAUUCUCCUUGCACCUGCACCCUUCAUACCUGUAGAAUAUCCAUGGUGGAUUACCUCCCUGGUUUGUUUGGUUUACAUCAUCAGUUAUACGGGUGCCAUAGUAACCAAUGUCCCGGAUCUUAAUUUUAUUGCAGGAAAAACGGGUUAUCCAGACAACUACGGCACUUACGGUAUUGUAUCGGCCUCGGUGAAUGGAGCGCUGACGUCAGGUUUCUUUUCCGGGCCAUUCAUAGGUGGCGCUUUAACUGAUCAUAUUGGCUUUGCCUGGACAACCGUCGUGUUUGGAUUGAUACAGUGUGUGUUUGGACUACUUCUUAUAGCUCGACUAAUAGUGGAUAGAGUACUUGGUCAUAAAGAUGGCACCGUGGGAUUAACCAGACAAAUUUCUAAGCAAUUAUCAAAAGCCGGAGUGGAAUCGGGAGUGGAAAGUUCGGAAAUGGUAUAUUUAGAACAUAAUGAUCAUACCCAGUACAACACGGGGACUUCUGAUGACAAGGGAAUUGAAAACAAGGCGUUUGAUGGGUCGUCUGAUGUGAAAAGUCCGAUAUCAUGUGACCCGGGGAAACUAACUAAUAAUGUACCGGGGUCUACGACAUGUGACAUUCCUAAGUCACAUGUGGAAACCGAAAAUUCAGGCUCUGCUACAACAGAAUCGACAGCAGAGACAUCGAGUGACAGUGGAGUAGACGAUACCGAGCAUCAAAACACAGCUCCCAUGAAACAAACUGCAGACGGCAGUAAAUCGAACUGAGUCUUCGUGAAAGGUGUAAUAUCCUAAAAUAGUAGUUCGAUUUUUAAAAUUUUGCUAUGUAAAUAUGUUUUCCUUUGUUUGUAUUUUUGUAGACUAUGAGCUGCGUUUACAAAUUCUUGUUUAAAACGUUUCCUGUAUAGUAUAUUAUAGUUUAGUACAGUACAGUACAGUACAGUACAGUACAGUACAUUGUGCAAGUUUCUAUUUACAGAGGAUUUAUAUCCAUGACAGCUUUUAUUAGAUAUUUAUUGAUCAUUUUGAAUGAAGACACUUCCUUAAUAUUUUUUUCGUGGUACUUUAAAAUAUUUCAUGGAGUAUUACAAUUUAAAUCAUGUGUGUGAAGUGUAUGUGAGAAGGGGUGCAUGCCACAAAGACGUAGAUUCUCAUUAAAAUUGUGUGUGUGUGUGUGUGUGUGUGAGUGUUAACAUUAUGCAUACUUUUCUGUGUACGUUGUGCUGUGUGUGCUGUAAUUUUACCAUAAAUUAUGCGAAAUGAUUAAGAAAAUAUGCGACACUGUGACAUUGGCAAGAGCCGUCGAUAUUGUAAUGUUGCAAUUGAAUAUGGCCAGUGAGUAGGAAGAUAUCUGAUAUAUUUUACGCAGAGUCUUUUUAUUACUUAUAUCUUAAGGAAUUUUAUAUGUAUGAAAGCAAUUUUGUUCAAAUCGGCAGAAUAAAAAAAUUGAGGUUUUA